CGAGCGGGCGGGAUCGCUCGGGGGCGCGAGCCCGGCGCCAGCAGUCAAGAUGGAGCCGGGCCGAGGCUUCGUCGGGGGGGAGCGGCCCUGACGCGGGUGCAGCAGCGUCAGUGAUUUGCUGGCCCGCGAGCACAGCGGCGCCGGGGAGGAUGAGAGCGGGCACUGCGAACUGCCCGCGCCCGCCGCUGCUCCGGCGCUGAGCCCGCAACUUCCCCGCACCUGGGCGCUGCCAAACUUGGAGCCCGCCCGGAUCCUAACGGGCUCCUUCCUCUCUCUCUCUCUCUCUCUCUGUCUGUGUCUCUCUGUCCCUGCCCCGCUUCCCCAGGCAGCCCGGGGGAAAGACACCCUCAUGACUGAUCCUCCGGAGCACCAUGGAUCUGACUAAGAUGGGCACGAUCCAGCUGCAGAACCCCAGCCACCCCACGGGGCUGCUGCACAAAGCCAACCAGAUGCGGCUGGCGGGGACCCUGUGCGACGUGGUCAUCAUGGUGGACAACCAGGAGUUCCACGCCCACCGCACCGUGCUGGCUUGCACCAGCAAGAUGUUCGAGAUCCUCUUCCACCGCAACAGCCAGCAUUACACCCUGGACUUCCUUUCGCCAAAGACUUUCCAGCAGAUCCUGGAGUACGCCUACACCGCCACCCUCCAGGCCAAAGUGGAGGACCUGGACGACCUGCUGUACGCGGCGGAGAUCCUCGAGAUCGAGUACCUGGAGGAGCAGUGUCUGAAGAUCCUGGAGACCAUCCAGGCCUCCGACGACAACGACACAGAAGUCGGCGUGGCGGACGGCGGCGCCGAGGAGGAGGAGGAUCGGAAAUCCAGGUACAUCAAGAACCUGUUCAUCUCCAAGCAUUCCAGCGAAGAGAGCGGCUACGCCAGCCUGGCCGGCCACAGCUUGACGGGGGUGAUGGUGGAGCAGAGCCCGUCCGUCUCCACGUCGUUUGGGCUCUCCGCCAUGAGCCCCACCAAGGCGGCCGUGGAUAGUUUGAUGACCAUCGGACAGUCGUUGCUGCAAGGGGCUUUGCAGCACAACCCCUCCGAGGACUUGCACUUGGUCGGCGGCCGCCACCCCAGCCUCUCCGAAGUGAAAACAGAAGCGAUGCAAAUUGAGGAAGCCUCCAGCCACGAAAGCCCCCGGACGGCGGAGUCCAGCACUUCUGGCGGGGACAAGCCCGACGACAAGAGCAAGGACGGGCCCGGGACCCCGACCCGUAGCAGCGUUAUCACAAGUGCCCGUGAACUUCACUAUGUCCGCGACGAGAACGCGGAGCAGCCCCCCGAGGCGGGCCAGGGAGCGCCGCUCGGAGGGGAGCAGUCGGUUUCUCAGAGCGAGAAGCCCCUGAGCGUCUAUUCUGUGCUACCAAAUCACAAAACUGACUCUGUGCUCGGCGUGCCGCCCUCCAUGACUUCUGCCCUGCACGUGCAGCCGGCUCUCGCCGUGUCCAUGGACUUCAGUGCUUACGGGGGCCUUCUGCCCCAAGGCUUUAUCCAGAGGGAACUGUUCAGCAAGCUCGGCGAGCUGGCAGCCGGCAUGAAAACUGAGAGCCGAGCCGUCGGGGAACAGUGCAGCGUGUGCGGGGCAGAGCUGCCGGACAACGAGACGGUCGAGCAACACAGGAAGCUUCACAGUGGCAUGAAGACUUAUGGAUGCGAGUUGUGCGGGAAACGGUUCUUGGACAGCUUGCGACUCCGAAUGCACUUACUGGCUCACUCAGCGGGUGCCAAGGCGUUUGUCUGUGAUCAGUGCGGUGCGCAGUUCUCAAAAGAAGAUGCCCUGGAGGCCCACAGGCAGACACAUACUGGCACCGAUAUGGCUGUCUUCUGCCUGCUGUGCGGCAAGAGGUUCCAGACGCAGACCGCCCUGCAGCAGCACAUGGAGGUGCACGCGGGAGUGCGCAGCUACAUCUGCAGCGAAUGCAAUCGCACUUUCCCCAGCCAUACCGCCCUCAAGCGGCACCUGCGUUCGCACACAGGCGACCACCCCUACGAGUGCGAAUUCUGCGGCAGCUGCUUCCGAGACGAGAGCACGUUGAAAGGCCACAAGCGCAUCCACACCGGUGAGAAGCCGUACGAGUGCAAUGGCUGCGGCAAGAAGUUCAGCCUCAAGCACCAGCUGGAGACCCACUACCGGGUUCACACAGGUGAGAAACCUUUCGAGUGCAAGCUGUGUCACCAGCGGUCCCGAGAUUACUCUGCCAUGAUCAAACAUCUCAGGACCCACAACGGCGCUUCCCCCUACCAGUGCACUAUCUGCCUGGAGUACUGCCCCAGCCUCUCCGCCAUGCAGAAACACAUGAAGAGCCACAAGCCCGAGGAGAUCCCCACCGACUGGAGGAUAGAGAAGACCUAUCUCUACCUGUGCUACGUCUGAGGGACACGAAGGGGAAGGAGUGGAGUCGGGAAAGACUGGGCAAAAAAAUGCAUCAUCCAUGGCCUUUUCUUUCUUUUUUUUGUUUUUCUUGUUGUUGUUGUUGUUGCUGUUGUGACUAAAAGCAUCCUCUCUUCUGGUUUGUGGCAGGGGGGGUAGGGGCAGGAAAGGGUCCUUUUACUCUGGGUUGGGGGGUGAGACUCCCCUUGAGCUCUUGUGUGUGCUUUGCCAUUGCACCCACAUGCAGCCGCAGCCACUGCUCGCUUGCUGCUUGUGACCGCACACAAGGGCUUGGGAGCUAGCGCCGGUGGGGCGGCCACGCCGAUGCUUCGGGGCCUGAGAUCCAUGGGAGGUUUCCUUCCCUGGGUGAACCGCUGUCCUUUCCCUGCUGUCCCCUUGGUUUGAGCUGCUCUCCCACACUGCUGAGCUGCCUCUGCCAGGAUAGCAGAGACCGGCCGCUCCAGUCCCACAUGGAGAAGCAUCCUUGCUUUUCAGGUCUGGUUUUGACUUGCCUGUGACUCCUUUCGAACCAGAGCUGGGGACGCUUGGUGCAAAGGGCUGGAGCUGCGGCCGUCUGCCCGGGGUUGUGUGUGGCAGCCAAAGGUAUCGUGUAGGGUGGAGGGGCUUGGGUGAGCCACGAUGAGAGGUGUCUGCCUGACUCCAGCCCCCAGAAGAAGCCUGGUUUUCAGGCCUGGUGUCCUCGGGGACCCUAUCAAAUCGGGUGCCUGGAGCAGCAGUUGCUGUAGAGGCUCUGAGCCCGGCUCCCCAGGGCAGGAGGGAAACGAGCUGAGUCUUGCCGUGGUUUUCUCCUGCGCUGCGCUGCUUUGGUCCUGCACCGGCAACGCAUGCGCAGUGGAGACCCGGAUAAUCCCCCACAAUUAAAAACCCCUUUCUUCUGGAGGAAACCAGUCUGCCUGGAAAGUGCCCGCAGGGUCCUUGCAGGUCCCUGCCUGGCUGAGCAACUCACUGCUGCAGCAGCCCCUUGCCCAGCACGCUGGGGGCAGCUCCUUUGUCCACAUGUGGGCCAUGCCCACAACCAUGCCCGCGUGUCAGCCCUCCGUCCACCUCUGAGUUAGUCUGCAGUGGGAAAAGCAAGUGCUGAGAGGUGGAGCAGGACAUGCCAGCAGAGGGGUGAAUCGUGGGUGCGGUGACCAUCCUCCCUUGUGCAAAGCCAUUCUGCACAGUCUAGAGCUUAGGAGCUGGCUGCAGGGAUUGCCUCCAGGCUGCUGCCCUUUUUCCUGACCAAAGACCUUUCUAUGCAUUUUUAAAGCAAUGAUUUUCUCAUUCUGGGGGUGGGCAGAAGGUAAAUGUUGCAGUGUGUGCGGUGGAGCCCAGCCAGGGGGGCACCAUGCUGCUUUCCUCAAGAGGGAAGUGCAGUUUUGGCUGCUCUGAAGAUGCCCCUGGAGCUUGGGCAUUGCCAGGGCUCUGCAAGAAAUGAUGGAUGAGUCUCUGCCCCCACCCCAAGCCCAUGCACUCUUUCCAUUCCCAUGGCUUGCAAGGCAUAGGAGCAACCCAGCCUGGCUCAUGCCAAGCUCAGUUGACGAACGGGGGGCAGUUGAGGUGCCCAGGUGCUGGACGUUGUGUGCAUCGUGCUGCGCGGGAGCUUGCUUUGCGUCCUUGCGUCCUUGCAAUCCGGCCGCGUUCUCCUUUGUAAAACAGGAGCUCCUUGGGAACCGCUCCCCAUCUGGGUGCAGGAGUCUUGCCCAGGCCAAGAGCCUGCUUUUUUCUUUAAAAAAAAAGAAAAGAAAAGAAAUUGGAACAGCUGUUUGGAACAUGCCAAUUAAUUUUUUUGCCCAGCCCUCACAUCCCAGAAGCGAUGAAGGAAUGAAUGGGAAAAGAAGGCUUUUCUUUGUGUUAUGCUUUUUUUUUUUUUUUUUUUUAAGUUUGAAUAUUUGUUUAGCACAUUUUACUUGAAAUUACCUCUUUUUUUGUGACCUCAUGAGCUUUUAUCAUUGGGUUUUUGUUUGGCUUGGUCUUUUUAAAUGACUAGGUUGCUAAAGGCCACGUCGCAGGUGGGCGACGUGCCGCACGUGGAUCGCGUGCUCUGCUAGAGUGCCAUGGCAGCCGCGAAAGUGAGUUUACGGUGGGGGUGGGGAGGGGGGGGGUUCGUUGUUGGGUUUUUUGUUUUGUUUUAUUUUUUGUCGUCAACCUCCUUUUGUGCAUUAUCAUUACCAAAAUUGGUAUUUUUUGACGGCCUGCCCGACAGAGGCUGGGCCGUUGAUUCUGAAAGCUACCUCUUAUGUUUGUUUCGUUGGGGUUUUCGUUUUUAUUUUGCAGUUACAAAAGCACAUUUUGCAAUAUUUGUGUUUUCCUUUGUGAUGUCAUUUCGAUUUUCAUCUCAUGCUUUAUUUGCAAUUGUAUAUUAUGUUGUAAUUUAGCUGCAUUUAUAUUAAACAGAAAAAAAAAAAGUUAGGGAAGAAUUUUGUAGAUGGAAGUAAAGGGAAAAAAAAAAAUUGAGGGGUGUUUCUACUGUCCCCACCCAGCCCCCCAGCCCUGUCUCGACUGUCGGGAAAUAUCUGAAGGCCUUAAACUGGGGGAAAUAACUUCUUCUGGCAGUGGAGCAGGGCAACGGACAGUCUAGUGAAAUUUUAGUGCUUUGGAAAGAAAGAGUUAAACUUGAAUAUGUGAAUAGAAGAGUAGAGUCUUGUUUAUAAUGUGAAAACAGUGAGUCUGAAAUCACUUAGGGCAGAACUCGGAUCCACGCAAAUGCACUAACGUGUCAGGUGUGCGUUAGCCAGCGAUGGCCACGAGAUGAUGACGAUGAUAAUCGCAGACGUCUCACAACUAGAACCGAUGUCAAACACAUACACACACACCCACACCCACACACACCCACCCACACACACAAAUGUUUAAAGAUGUUCCCGCAGAAUGAACCCAUUUUUGCCCGUCCACCCGCCCCUUCCCCCGCCCGGUCACAAAGCUGAAAGGGUUGAACUGGUAUUUACAAAGUGUAAUAUUUUUGUAAUAUUUGUUAGUCCCUGUGUCGGUUCCCACCCACCGGACUUUGCCCUUCCUUUUGUAAUGUGAACAGGAAUCGGUGUGCGUGUGUGUGUGUGUGCGCGUGCGUGCCUGCGUGUGUGUGUGCGUAUGCUUUUUGUGCGUGCGGUUGUGUAUUAAAUCAUGCAGUAUUGUUGUAAUCCAGUGUUGCAGUGUUGGAUGGUACUAAAUCAAAGCGAUGUUGCAGCUUCGGAAGCACACGCAGAAACCGUACACGAACGCUGCAUGUCGGGUGCAGAUUUCCUACAUCUGCUACCGUAGGCUCGGGGCGGAGGGGGCAGGACAUAUACUUCAAGGUGUCGGUGAGUUCACAGCCGAUGCCUUGUUGUGCUUUGGAGUUAUGCUACGACAGUGCAACAAUCAUUCUUGCUUACUGUUUGCUGCAGAGAAGCAAAUUUUUCCCCCUCCCUGCCCAGCCGAGAAGAUUUAAUUUGCCUUCGCCGCGCGGUGAACGUUCGGGAACGCGCGGCCGCAGCACAAACACGUCGAGCAGCACACGGAGCUGCUGACUUCACAGGGGGCUCAGGGCUGAAAUGUCGAGGGAAGCACUUUGCAUUCCCCCACGCACCUCCGUGAGGAAGUACAAUCUUCUGAUGGGGCAGGUGGAAGUAUUGUGUGCAAUUUUAUCUGAAGCAGCAUCACUUCUUUGCUCUGUUGGCCAGGUCAAUAAUUUCCGCUUUCGACAGUCGGUUACCAUUCAGAGCACAGCUUAUCACAGCAUACGGUACUGUUUAUUGGACUAGAAUUGUAACUGCCUUAUAGAGGUCUAUCACAAACUUCUCCAGAUGCAAAGCAGAAAGCUGACUAUGUGCGUCCACAUCAUGCCUCUCUACACAGCAUUCGUUUUGAAUAUAUACCUGGUUGUCUGUGGUAUUGUUUUGGGAAUAAAGUUAAACUGUUGUCUCUUAAUUCAAAGCAUUAAGAUCCUUUUUAUGCAUAGACAUAUAUAGCUCUCUAUAUACACACAUAUACAUAUACAAUGGAUAAUAUCUUUGCUGCUUUGUGUUGGGAAGGGGAAACAAGACAGAUGCUGAUUUAGUACAAUCCAGGAUGUAACUUUGGAGAAUGGCUUGUUUAAUCUUUGUGCCUGAAACCAGUUUUUUCACAGUUAAAAGAACAGAAUUGCUGCAGUUUCUCACAAGUAUAAUGGUACCUUUUGGCAGUAAGUGGGUGCUGCUGGCAGGGGGAUGCCAUGGUACAACUGAGCACACAGCUGCGGUCACAGCAGGGGGGUUUUCUCUGCUCUUUGGGAGACCCUGUCUUUACCUGCCCCAUCCUUGCUGCUGGGGCAUUUUUGCCCCCGUGACUCGUCACUGUGUCAAGCUAAAGUUUUGUGUCCUCCUGGACCCCAAAGAGCCUGAAAUCAAGUCGCAGGAACGGCUUAAAUCAGAGACAAGAACUUGGUUGAGUGAAAAGUUGUCAGACAAGACGAUGACAUUUGUAUUAUUUUUUCACUCCCCUUUGAGCCCCAUAAGUUUCCCAUCGCUCCCCUCCCCGGAGAUCAUCUGCUGCUCUGCGUCUCACCCCAAGGCUGCUCCAGGAUCAGCCCAGGAGAUGAGAGAGAGGGUUGCAGAAAAGCAGGAAGGAAAGAAGGCAGGCAAUUCAGCUCCGCUGGGCAGCUCUGAAAUACCAUGUCAGCGCAAGUGGCUGAUGAGAAGUAGCAGUACCAUGACAUCCUUCUGCUCAGAGUGCCAACCUUUUGGUGUGCAUCAUAGUAUUUGUUUCACAUAGUGUUAUGUAUGCAUGAUCUUUUAAGGCUAAGAAGCCAUGGUAAAAGCUCCAUGACAUCUAUCCAUAUAUAUAUAAGUAUAUAUAUGUAUAUUAUAGCACUGAGGACCAACUGCCCUGCUGGGCGAAGCAAACUAAGGCUUUUUUUCAUUGCUUGUCUUUUAUGUCGUGACAGCACAAGUGCCAGUCUGAUCGCUCUGUAUUAAAAAUAGUGUUUUUAAUUAAUUGAUGUUAUAGUUCCGUCUACCUCAGCACCUCCUGUUAGCCUAAUUUUAGAAGGUGCCCAAUUUUUUGUUUUGUUUUAUCAGAUUAUUGGUUCCUAUUUUUUUUGUACAAACUCUCUUCUCCGUUUGUUUUCUCGUUCUGUUCCUUUCUUUGCAGUACUGCUUGCGAGUCCUAUCCGUUCUCUAGCCACAGAUGCAGUUAGCUAAAAAAUUGAAAAAAAAAAAAAUCCCAACUUGUGAUGUCUCCUAGUUGCAGCUCUCGGCAUCUGCCUUCGUUCUGUGUAGAUUCAGAUGCAUUUCUUUGUAAAACUUCAGUGUUUCUGACAGAGGAAAAAAAAAAGAAAAAAAAAAAAGAAUUUACUGCUGCAGGUUUUUUUCUCUCCAUGUGUCACUAAGUGAAGUUCGUGCCUUCUAUAGCAAAGAGAAUAUUUUUUACAUCCUACUAACAGUAGAUUUUUUUGUAGUGAACAUUUUUUGUAUUUUUAUUUAUAAGUCUCAUAAGAAAAAUAGCAAUGUUCAGUUGUAUACCUUGAAUCUGCAGUUAGAAAAAUAAUAAAGUUAAUUCAGUCGUC